AUGAUUGAUCUGAUUGAAGAUGGGGAUGAAUCAGCGCUAAAUACCUUUGGAAAUCUCAAAGCCGUCAUUGAAAAAUAUGGUUUACCACUGGAGUCUAUUGGGGCGGACAAUACUAAUGUCAAUAUAGGUGACAGCCAUAGUGUUUACUCAUUAUUUCAUGAUGAAAUCAAAAACUUGGUAAAAGGAAAUUGUUAUUGUCAUGUCCUUCACAGCGGUGUCAAAUGGGGUCAUCAGCAAUUGACUAUCGAUGUUGAGAAGUUUCUCAUGAUGGCAUAUGCUCAUUUUUCUCGUUCAGCUAAACGAAUUGAACAGCUGAAAAGUUACUAUGAAUUCUAUGAACAAGAUUUUCAUGUUUUGAUUCAGCACAUCAAACUGUGA